ACACAGAUAUUGGGGCCGCAUUCAGCAGAACAUCAUCAACUCCCACAGCAGCACCAUCCUCAGCACGCAGUUGUUGGAGCGUCAGGUGGGCGCAACGACAGCGGAUUCGCAAGCGGUGCAAGUGGCGCAAGUCCAGCCUCUGAUAGGGUCAACCAGAUGACUAUGGAUCGGAUGACCACAGCCAUUGGUCAAAUGUUUGCUGAAUUCAGCGGCAAGGUGACCAAUGAUCUUCUUGAUGGAUUUGAAAGACGUCGCCAUGAAGAGAGAAUGGAAAUUGAAUUGUCUAUGGAGAGAAAAAUUUCUCAAGAAAUCGAAAGAAAAAUGGAUGAAAAAUUAAAUGCUUUCCGUGGUGAUUGGGAGGACCAAAAGACGUCACUGAUUGACAGGAACGAAAAGGCGCUAUUCUCCUUACAAGACAGCGUAGAACAGCUCCGGAACUCUUCGGACGCUUACAACCAACUAAAGCAAAAGUACGAUCAGUUGCAACAAACUCAUGCACAGAUGAGGGACAAGGAGAACGAGAGAUGGUCCAAGCUAUCUACAACCAACAAAGAAAACACACAGCUGAGGAGCGAGCUCGAAAUGUCCAACAUAGAGAUUAUCAACCUGAGAGAACGUGUGGAUGAAUUGGAGUCGGACAAUCGUGCUAUGAAAGACAAUGAACUUACAGAUCAACACCGAAUUAACCAAAUGGUUGCUGAGAAGGAGGACCUCAUUAUCGAGCUGGAAAGAGCAGAGCGGGAAAAGAUGGAUCUGAAGAUGAGAGUGGACUCCUUGUCGCGAGAGAUAGAACGUCUACUUAUGCAGCAACAGGAGCGCGCCAAUAAGGACGACAAGGCUUACCAAGAGGCACUGAAGAAGCAGAACGAAAGGCUCGACGAACUGUACAAGGUCGUCCAGGCGCUUACCGAGCGAGAGCGGCAGUCAAAGACACUCUUCAUCGGCGGAAACGCUGUACAGAAAUCUGCACGCAUGUCAAGACCCAACAAAUAAAUAUCUGGAUAUGUUUUUUAGAGAAUAGCUAAUAACAUAGGGUAAGAAUGACAUUGAUAGACUAAAUUGGACAUCUGGCCUAUUAUACGAAGCGAAAAUUCAUGUAACAUUUGAUUUUGAAUUCGUUCAUCUUUUUGCGAUUGAAAACAACACCGGUAUUUUAGUGUUGUGCUACCUUCUAAUCUAGACUUUCUUGCAAAAUAUGUACAGAUAUCACAUUGUGUUAAAUGGGAUGUUUGUUUGCCAACGAGGUUCGGCUUAGGACAAACAUUUUCUGGAACCGAUCCUAUGGAUAUACUGGGCAUUUUAGUCAUUUCGGACACCAUUAGAAUACGUGGAAAUUCUUAAAAGCAUACUGAUUACACGUAGCUCUAACAGCAACGUUCCAGAACUAAAACGAUGAGUAAAUUGGAAAAUAUGACAGAUCAGUAUUUAUUUAACUCAUUCACGCUACAGUUCAGUUUUUUACUGGACUUGCACAGUCUUUGAUUCGAUAAUGUUGAAAUGUGAUUGUUUGGGUUAACGCUAUACAUUGCUAGCUAAUUAGACAUCAUACCCAUUUUUUGCGUUCGCGUCUUUUGAAUUUCAAUUAUAGCAAUUUUAACAUUAUCGUUAUCAAUGCAUGCAAAUUAUUUAAAAAGGCAAAUUAAUUUGUCAAAGAAAUUUUACCAUUUAUAAGGUUAUAUACGUGUUUCUUAAUGCGGUGCACGUUCGUAUUGAAUAUGCGUGCCCUAGUAAGGUAGUAUACUAGAAAGUUUUUUUCGCGAAAAUGGUGACACAAAUAUAACAGAAAAAGAUGCAUGUCAUUAUUUCAAUACAGUGCAAUCCCUAGCUAUUGAUGAGCAAUAUUGUUUCAAGCUUUUGAUGACAACUCUUUCCUCCGAAGGCUUUGUUAUAGUACCAAUAAAACGGAAUAUCCUUAUAAAUGAAAAAAAUGUCGGUGUCGAAUUGAUAAGGGUCCGCUUUAAAAAGCCGGUGUUUCUAGAUUGAAUUUGUUUGUUAUAUAUGUGUUAAAAACAACAUAUUUUCGAAUUCGAAUUAUCUUAAGUUUUUGUCUCAUUAUUUCUUUAAGAGUACACUGAAUACGUACAAUGCUGCAGGUUUAAUGAUACCACAUGUGUACAUUACAUUAGCAAUGGAGAUCAGUUGACGCAAAGUGGUACAUUUGUUUAGCUAUCGGGGAAAUUGUAUCAUCAGAGAGGCAAUGGUAUUUUAUUAAAAAAAUA